AGAGAUUUAGCAAAAACAAAUAGAGAGAGAAAGAGUUUCAAACUUACGAGUAGGCGGGAAGUCAUCUCCCUCUGUGGAGUCCGAUAAGAAGUGCAAGCCGAGUUUGAUGGUUUCUGUUACCACUCCCACUAACCCUACACCACAGCCCCAAGCCCAUACACAACCCCCAGCCCAAACCCAAGCCCUGAACAUAAUAGAACACUGCAACAACACCAACAACAAGACUCCAUUGACAACACCACCAGUGGUUUCACAAGAUGAUCAUGACUCAGAUAUUGAUGAUCUUCUUAAGGAAUACGAAGACUUCGCUAAUGAUGAAUUCUCUUUUGAUGAUUUGCCUCCUGGAUAUAGGUUCUGCCCCACUGACGUCGAGCUCAUCAGGUUUUACUUGAAUAAGAAGGUUUCCAAUGAGCCCCUCCCUCCCAACCAGAUUGUCGAGACUAACUUAUACGGCUACAAUCCCGAGUUUCUUGCAGCAAACUACAAGAAAUGUGGAGAAAAUGAAUUGUACUUUUUUACUCCAAGGGAUCGAAAGUAUUUAAAUGGAGUCCGUCCAAACCGAGCUACUGGUGAUGGAUAUUGGAAAGCUACUGGAGUUGACAAGCCUAUCAUAUUCGACGAAACCCUAAUUGGGUAUAAGAAGGCACUAGUUUUCUAUCAAGGAAAACCUCCAAAUGGUACGAAGACUGAUUGGAUUAUGCAUGAAUUUAGAGUUGACACUCCUCCUCGAGAUAAAAGGAAUCCAAGUGACAUGAGGUUGGAUGACUCAGUCUUGUGCAGGAUUUAUAAGAAAACUGAUCCCAAAACAAAAUCUAAUAGGAAAUCAACCUGGAUAAACAUCAAGAAGGGGAUGGAACUAGAAGAACCUCUUCUUGAUUUAUUUUUUGAUACAUUCCCUUUUGAUACAUUCCCUUUUGAUACAUUCCCACCUGGAUAUAGGUUCUGUCCCACUGACAAUGAGCUUGUCAGGUUUUACUUGAAUAAGAAGGUUUCCAACGAGCCCCUCCCUCCCAACCAGAUCGUGGAGACUAACUUAUACCACCACAAUCCUGAGUUUCUUGCAAGUUAA